AUGCGCGCUGGGCAAGGAUGCAGACAGCUGGCGGACGGGGACCCGGUCCGAGGGGAAGAGCGAGCGCCCCGAGCCGCGGGCACGCGCGCCGGCGAGGAAGGCCGGGAGCGCCGCGGGCUCACCCAGCGCUCUUCCCCUCCGCAGCCGCCUCCUUCUCCUCCGGUGCCCGCGUACCCUCUGCCCUUUCUGCCCGUCCCGCCGCAAGGCUCAGCGCCCCUCGCCAUUCAGACGCGGCCGCGGCCCAGCUCCCGUCACCCGCUCAGCCCCGCCCGGCUGUGCGUCACGCGGAGCGGGGGCGUGGUGGUCGGCGUGGCCGAGGUGAGAAGCUGGCGCUGCUGCUGCCUCGGCAGCACCUGUUGGUGCCGGAGCCUGGUGCUGGUCUGCGUGCUGGCCGCGCUGUGCUUCGCUUCCCUGGCCCUGGUCCGCCGCUACUUGCAGCACCUCCUGCUCUGGGUGGAGAGCCUCGACUCGCUGCUCGGGGUCCUGCUCUUCGUCGUGGGCUUCAUCGUGGUCUCGUUCCCUUGCGGCUGGGGCUACAUCGUGCUCAACGUGGCCGCCGGUUACCUGUACGGCUUCGUGCUGGGCAUGGGACUGAUGGUGGUGGGCGUCCUCAUCGGCACCUUUAUCGCCCAUGUGGUCUGCAAGCGGCUGCUCACCGCCUGGGUGGCCACCAAGAUUCAGAGCAGCGAGAAGCUGAGCGCCGUUAUCCGCGUCGUGGAGGGAGGGAGCGGCCUGAAAGUGGUGGCGCUGGCCAGACUCACCCCUAUACCUUUUGGGCUCCAGAAUGCAGUGUUCUCGGUUACUGAUCUCUCCUUACCGAACUAUCUGAUGGCAUCUUCGAUUGGGCUGCUUCCCACCCAGCUCCUGAAUUCUUAUUUGGGUACCACCCUGCGGACCAUGGAAGAUGUCAUUGCAGAACAGAGUGUUAGUGGAUAUUUUGUUUUUUGUUUACAGAUUAUUAUAAGUAUAGGCCUCAUGUUUUAUGUAGUUCAUCGGGCUCAAGUGGAAUUGAAUGCAGCUAUCGUUGCUUGCGAAAUGGAACUGAAAACUUCUCUGGUUAAAGGCAAUCAACCAAAUAUCAGCGGCUCUUCAUUCUACAGCAAGAGGACCCUGACGUUUUCUGGAGGUGGACUCAAUGUUGUAUGAUUCUAGCGAAACGUAUGAUUGUCAGGGGCCUCAUGUGCUGUCCAGGGUCGAGCGGUCUCCUCACUAGUGGGCAGACGCAAGUUCUAAUUGUAUUAAGGCACAAAAAGCAAAACUGACUAGUUUUUAAAUUGCAAAUUUUUUUAAAGGAAGAACCAUUUUCUGGAUAUGUAAGUGUAAAUGCAGUUUUGACUGCACCUCUUUAUCGUUUACUGUGCCCAUAAUGGCCUGUAGGUCUGCACUUUAGUUUUAUUUUACUCUUUGUUCUCUUUCUGGGUACUUAUGAACAGAGAAAUAAUCCAAAUAUUUUUCUGCAUAGUGUCUUUAUUUAUAAAGUCCAUAAAUAGUUGUAUGCAUCUUUCCUACAUAUAAAGAUGAGUAAAAGUAUGCAAUUUUAAGUGUGUAAUGUUACUGGAUGUUCUUUGCUUCAGUAGUCUUUCCAGAAAGGAUAAACAGAUUUUUUGGGGGUUUGGGGUUGUUUUCUUUUAAUUGUUUUAGGUGGGACCACUUUGCUUCCCUUCUCCUUACUAGUUAGAAAAUAGACAUGAACUUUUGUUUGAAUGUAUUUUUGCAAGGAUCAUACUGUUGCAGGGCCAUUUAUACCCAUACACACAAGCUUAAAUCCUACAUUGUGGGACUCAAGUGCUCUUAAGAUACCUUUUUUAGUUUCACUGUGUAAUACGCAAAGCAAAAGGGAAAUUACUCAAUGGGUGGUGGCUCAGAUUAGAACUUGUGUUCUAAUGUCAUUACAUUGGCUUUACCCUUCUUAGGUCUUUCAUCAAAGGGCUGUCCUGCAGUCUUAUUUAAACGUUUUAUUAAAAUAAACUUCUUUUCCUUUUUACAUUCGCGAUUAGGCUUUGAAAUAAAGAUGUUAUCCUCUAAAGUGGUGGGUUUGCUGUCAUUGAAGGUGUCUCUCGGGUGGCCUUGUUUGAUCAAAAUGCCUUUUUAAAAAAACCAAGCUUUAAAAUCAUGUUUAUAAUUCCAUUGAGUACAUAUGUAUUUGUCCCCAUAGUCUUCAGCUUUAAAACUAUAAAUAUAAUGUUAACUUAAUGCCCAGAUUUGUAUUGUUUGUUUUACUUUAGGUUUAUUUUGUUUGUUUUUUUUUUGGUACUUGUUUUUCUCUGCUAAGACUCAGGAAUUCUGAAAUGUGAAUUUUAAGUCUCUCUAUUCUUUCUCCUGUAGCAUGAAUUGAGUGUAUUUAUUCAUAGCACUUACGUGGAUAGCAUGUAAUAAUUUGGCAUAUGAUUCAUAUGACAUGUUAUUCAUUUAUCACCUUAUAUUUUUUAAGUAGUUUAAUUGUCAACUUAAUGAUUAGUUUUUCACAGUGGAGAUUAUAGAUAUGAAUGCAAAUUUUCUGAUAGGUAUCUCUUUUUUUAGCUAUGAAAAUGCCACCUUAUCAGAGACCUCCCUUUUUGCCUUUUCAUUAGGGUGAAAUCCUUGCCUUGAUUUACUAAAGUGCAAAAGAAUUAUUUGGAAGUAUAGUAAAGAUGCAUUUGAUCAUUUUAAUUAAUUUUUUGCCUAUCGCAGGUAUAAUUGUUUUCCUUUCCUUCAUAAUGCAUAAUAAGCGUUUUCACCUUUGAGUCACAGUGAAGUUCAUUUAUACGUCCGUGCUAAGACCUCAGUGCAAAUGAUCUGCUAGGCACCUGGAUCCACAGCACUUUAUUGGCCUACAAAUCCUUCCUUCUUUUAUUGGUAGAAAAAAUAUAUAGUAUUAGAAUCUUCUUACUCUUUUUUGAAUCCUAAUUAUUUGUUUAGUUAUUUUUAAAGUUAUUUUAGUUUAAUUAUCUCAAUGAACAAUACAUCUGACUUACUUUUUUCUGUCUUACUUGAUGGUAUUUCUCUUGUGCUUCUUGUUUGUUGGUUAGUUUUUGUUAAAGAACUCAGUAAUUAAAGAUCACUGCUUUCAUAUAAUUGUGUUACACUACAUGGAUUUUGAAGUGCAUUUUAUUUACUUAGCAUUUUGUAACUUAAAUAAUUUCACCAAAUGAAUACCUUUUGGUAGUUCGUAAUGAGUUCUUCCAGGUGCAUUUUGCUUGGUACUUAAAUAAGUAAAAAAAAAAAAAAAAAAAGUAAUUUUUCUGUAUUCUGCCAACAUAAUUUUCUAUAAUAAAAUCAUCCAUUUUUACUAAAAAUAGUAUGGAUUUACUAUUUCUAAGAUACUAAAACUGCAAUUUUCCUUUUUUCGGUUUUAAAUCAUUUCCAGCCUCCAAGCAGACUACAAUCCUUUAUAGUCAUGCUGUUGGAUAGCUGCAUUUGAUUGCUGAGUUUUCAGAUGUGCUGUCUGUAAAUUGUGCAAAGCAUCGCCAUGCCUUAUUCACUCCAUGUUUAACCCUGCAUCCCAGAUUUCUGGCAGCAACAAAUUUCUACAGGAUCCUCUUAUGUUGCCCAAUUAUUGCCUUCAGUCAGAGUAUAUAUUUAUAAAAGAAAAUGUUUUGGAUUUCUCAAACCAGUUAAGUGCAGUAUAAAAUUGCUUUAUAUGCAUAUUUUUAAAAGCACACAAUAUACCUAAUAUCCAAAUCUGAUGAAAGAUAUGUUCCGUUUUUUUAAAUUCUUUGGGCCUUUUUCUUAGUUUUCCAUGUUUUCCGACUUAUUAUUAAUGAUUUUAUUUACUCUUUGCCAAGUUUUGUCAUGUAAAUUAUUUUCGAACAGCAGCACCUCUUUUUAAAAACAGACAUAAUAAUUUACAAAUGCUUUCAUGCCCAUUUUCAUUUGACCAUCUGAUUUGUGAAAUAACUUGAAAUAUGUUCUCUUUGGUUUGUGAAAAUAAUAGAAACCAAAUUUCUGUCAUUAGAAUGUGUAUUUUGAGUUUAUAUUCAGAAAUGAUUUUGCGGUUUUGUUCAGAGCUAGCCAUACUCUCUUUUUAUGCACUUUGUAACCAACUACAAACCUUUCUAAGAUGACUUUACCCUGAUGGGUCAAGCAUCUUGACUAUAAAACCUUUCCCUCUUUGAGAAGCUAUUCAGUAUCUAGUCUUACCUACUGUUGCUGUUACUAAGUGGUGGGGCUACAAGCAUACCCCAGCGUUCCUGGGUUUGUUAAUGUGCAAUACUGAUUUGAACUAUUCAUAGGAAAGGUGCUAUUGGUUACAUAUGUCAAUAUGUGUGAGACUUUAUUUAGAAGCUUAAAGUUACUAGAUAUGUGCCAGGUUGAUGAUGUCGGUAAUCCUGAGAUGUAUGGUAAAUCCAUGCUGUUCAAAACCAGUCAGCAUUUGCGGAGAAGAGAGGUUUAAAAAAGAGAGAUUUAAUGAGGACCUCAGAAACAAUGUUGACCUAGGUUGAUAACUUCAGUGAUGGAAUUUUCUUUCAGACACAGGCCACUCAGUGUGUCAGAAUGAUGGUCAGAAUAACACUGGUUUUUAAAUUGGAUUUUGUUGAUUUCUGUUACAAUAAACUGUUUUGGAUGUAAUUUUUUAAAGGUCAUGUCUUUAAGCUGAAAAGACUGUAAAGGGAAUGGAAUCACGUGUUCUACAGGAUAUUUAACUAAGGAGUUCCUCACAUAUAUUGAACAUAAGCCAUUAACUAAUUCCACAACUCAAUAGUAACUUGGUACUUCUGAAUUGCAAAGUGAUUGCUGCAAACUAUUUUCUAGGGUAGCUAAAGAUUUAAAACAUAAUUCUAAAGGCAAAUCAGUAAAAUCUCUUGAUUAUUGGUAUCCCAGAUCACUUCUGUGCCUGAGAAAAUAAAAGGUUAUGUUUUA